AAGACUGCACUUCCUCUUCAGCGCACGCGGGGUUCUCUAGAAUCCUCUGAGGCGUCAUUCUAACUCCCACCCCCAACAGUCAUUUCCAACUGCCCGUUGAACGCUCCAGCGUUCGAAAAGAGACACUGGCAGCUCUCUUGACCAUUCAGGCUUCGAGUUCUCUCAAGCCCUUUUCCCCUCCCUCCAUGGGCAUGUGACGAGAUCGGAAAGGCGGGAAAAACUUCAUUUCCUUCACUUUCCCCAAGGGGUAAGUGAGGAAGGAGGACGCUUCUGAAAUGUUCCAGGAUGAUCAGGAAAAUCUUCAAUUUACAGCUGCCUUCCAGAUUCAGUUUUGUUCUAAUGACAAAAAGACAACUACAGGAUGAGAAAAAUGACUUCAGUCUUACGGGACCUUUCAGACCAUGACAUGGUGCACUUCUUCAUACAACCUCAGAUUGUUGCUAGAACACUAGCAGGGGUGUUUUCUCUGGUUAUAUUUGCCUCCUUGGUGACUGAUGGAUAUCAAAACUUGACAACCUCUUCCCAGCUACAUUGUAUUUUUAAUGAUAAUGGGGCAGCCUGCUGCUAUGGCAUCACAGUCGGUGUACUUUCUUUUCUCCAGUGUCUCCUCUUUUUGGGCUGUGAUGUCUAUGAUACUUGCAUUACAAAUCACAAAUUCAAGUAUGCUAUCCUUAUAUUGGAUGUUACUUUCUCUAUGACUUGGACAUGCCUGUGGUUUGUUGGAUUCUGUAUCCUAACCAAUCAGUGGAACCGGUCAACUCACUCCUACCUGCUGGGAACUAGUGCUGCACGGGCUAGCAUUGCCUUUGCCUUCCUUUCUGUUCCAUGCUGGGGAUAUCUAGCCUAUCUGGCUGUGAAAAAUCUGUGGGCUGAGCCACCUGUGCCAUAUAAGCGGACGCUGGAUGAAGGAUCUGUUGCUCUGACCACCCUUUCUACAUCCACCACCACCUCUCUUCCCAAUAAUAUGGGGUUCCCUGAAAACAUGGGUGCAGCUUCCUACCCAUCCAUUCCUGUACCCCAUCGACUAACAUUAAUGAAUACUGAUGACUAAGCAGUUAUUUGUUCCUGUAGUAAAUAAAUUUUACUAAGUUGAUUGUACUGAAUCAAAGCAAAAAUAAAGAUGGAUGGACAAGGAAUUUGUAAAGUACAGUAUAACAUGUCAUUGUGUGUAAUAUUAAUAAUACAUAAAUGCUUCAUAAAGCUUGAAUGUUAGUCCAGAUCUUCUAUCUUUCUUGGGAUGGCGUACAUACCGAUUAUCCUUUAAAGCCAAAUUAAGGCUCAUGUAUUGGGGACCUGUGUAUUAAAAUGCUAAAAGCCAUUAUGCAGGAGGAAAAAAUAAUGCAUAUGGAACUGCAAAGGUACUGUUAUAUUUUCAGGAAUGGAUAUAGCAUUGUGCAAGUAUUAUAGUUAAAAACUUCUUUUAAGAUAUAAAAGCAAACAUAUGGGAAGACUAUUUUCUUUUCUCUAUUGGCAUUGGUAAAUUAGAGACAAAUUGUAAAGCUGUAUGAAGAAUUCUAUAUAUUAUGCCUUUGUCCAACCACUGAUUCAGAUGCUCUAUGCUGCUUAUUUGGGUUAUAUGGAUGCUACAGUAUAAGAUUAUGUAGAAAAAAAUUCAGUAUAAACAACAGGGACUGUGUAUUCAUCCCAGAUGGUCAGAUGUAACUGCCAUAACCAUUAGGGCAAUUUUAUAAUUCAUGUGAUCACAGAAGUGGCUAGCAGCUAUUGCAGGCAGUAUCUGAGGGUAGCACAAAAUACAAAUUUUUGCAAGGAAUUUCAUGGAAAAUGUAAAUAAUAAAGUACCGCAUCUUAAUUUAUCUAAUAAUGAUACAGUAUUGAAUUGUAUUUUUAAGUAAUCAGUUUUCUACAGGAAGCAACUGGAAUCAUGGUUAUUCACAAUGACCAAAACCAGACAACUUAUCAAUUGCUGCUGAAUCAUAGUUAUGUAAAUAAGCUCUGAAUCUUAGCCUAGACAUUCGUUUUCCAAUGACUAAUCACAAUUCAAAACAAAUUGCAAAUUUUGCUUUAUAAAUUUAAGAAAAUCAGCUAUGGAUUGAUAUGGAAAAACAGAAUUAUUUCAACAGAUAGUAAUUUAAUAUGACUGUUUAGAAAUGGCUCCUUCCUAUACACACUGAAUUCAAUGAGACUUAUUUCUAAGUGAUUGUAUAAUAUAAUAAUAUAAUAUAAUAUAACAACAGAGUUGGAAGGGACCUUGGAGGCCUUCUAGUCCAACCCCCUGCCCAGGCAGGAAACCCUACACCAUCUCAGUCAGAUGGUUAUCCAACAUUUUCUUAAAAAUUUCCAGUGUUGGAGCAUUCACAACUUCUGCAGGCAAGUCGUUCCACUUAUUAAUUGUUCUAACUGUCAGGAAAUUUCUCCUUAGUUCUAAGUUGCUUCUUUCCUUGAUCAGUUUCCACCCAUUGCUUCUUGUUCUACUCUCAGGUGUUUUGGAGAACAGCCCGACUCCCUCUUCUUUGUGGCAACCCCUGAGAUAUUGGAACAUUGCUAUCAUGUCUCCCCUAGUCCUUCUUUUUAUUAAACUAGACAUAGCCAGUUCCUGCAACCGUUCUUCAUAUGUUUUAGCCUCCAGUCCCCUAAUCAUUUUGUUGCUCUUCUCUGCACUCUUUCUAGAGUCUCAACAUCUUUUUUACAUCGUGGCGACCAAAACUGGAUGCAAUAUUCCAAGUGUGGCCUUACCAAGGCAUUAUAAAGUGGCACUAACACUUCACGUGAUCUUGAUUCUAUCCCUGUUUAUGCAGCCCAGAACUGUGUUGGCUUUUUUAGCAGCUGCUGCACACUGCUGGCUCAUAUCUAAAUGGUUAUCCACUAGGACUCCAAGAUCCCUCUCACAAGUACUAGUAUUGAGCAAGGUACCACAUAUACAGUACCUGUGCAUUUUGUGUUUUUUUUGCCUAAAUGUAGAACCUUUUUAUAAAAUUGCAUGUUUGUGCAAUCUUGCCUUCAUAGUUUUCAAAGCAAGUAUUCUAAAGAUUUUGCUUUUGAGUAAGCAUAAAUGUACUUUAAGAUGUAAACAAAUUGGAAGUCUAGAUUGGCUGAAAUAUAGCUUGAAUUUUAGUUUCACUGAUUGUUCAGGUUCAUAGCAGCAGUACAACAGAUUAAAAAUGUUUUCAUAUGAAAACAUACAAUUUUUUAUCAAUUUAGAGAUGAAGCAAGAAGUGAUGGGGCAUUUGUAGAAAACAUG